GCCGUGCACGGCGCACCAGAAGAAGGAGAUGACGCAGCGCGGUCAAGCUGCUGCCGUCAUUCGGCAGGUGACUAGAGUGCUUGAGGAGGAGCGCAGGGGCGCGCACUUCCAGCACCGGUCCGGAGAAUUUAGCCUCCUGACGCCAGACGAGCGCAACACUCGACGCAUGUGGGGAGAGCUUUCCAGCUGCGUAGGCCCGACAUUCGGUUCGCUUUUGCUCACGGUUGCUCGCGCAAAGGUCCACUACCGGAUGGGGAGCUAUAAGCACCUGGAGGACCUGGACGACGUCGCCGCGAAGCACUACAAAAUUGCGCACGACCUGCUCCAGGGCGUGGUGGAUGCUCAGGGACUAGACGACGAGGGCAAGGCAACGCAAGCUGAGGCCAAGAGAGUUAUCGGUCACGUGCAUUGCGAGUGGGCCAUGGCUCUGCAAGACAUGAAGCAGUAUGCGGCUGCAGUCGAACACUACAAGGCUGGCCACGCUGUCGACAAGAAGACCCACGGCUGGGUGGGCAAAGUGGUGGACGUUAACAACCCGGGAAAAUACGGCAUCCCAGAGUGCGAGUCGCUGCAGGCGGCACAGCCCGGGGCCGAUGUGGCAGUGGUGGGCGAGAGGUCGCGUGAGCAGAAGGAUGCCGAGGGCCGCAAGCGCGCCAUCGACCUCGAGGCUGGCGGCGGCGGCGGCGCGUCGACCCGCACCGCGGUCAGGGGCGGCGAGACGCCGCGCAAGCGCAGCCGGACGCACGAAGCGCAGCUGGAGGAGCGUGUGGUGACGGCACGCUCAGUGACCGACGCGGACAUUGACCGGCGUUCCAAGGCGAUCAUGCAGCCCGUGUUUGACGAGUGGAUGAACGGCAACCUCAGCGAGGCGGAGCUGCCGAGGCGCAAGGAGGCGGCGCGUGCGCAGGCUCUCGCGGAGCAUGGGCCUCGCUCCAAGCUGGACGCCGCCUUCGCAAAGUAUACGGCGGCCGCAAAGGCGCGCGCGGAGGCGGAGGAGCAGGAGGCGGCGGCCGAGGCUGCACUCUACGAGGCCUUGGCGCCUCUCGAGCGCAGCGGCUCGUCGUCUGGCGGCGCCGCCUCCUCGUCCGGCGUCAUCCGGCGUUAGAGAGACGUAGCCCGCACUGUUAUGUAGAUGUAUCGGCCCUAUAUGCACCCGUGUCCUGUCUACUAUGCAUUGGCGGGUUACAAUGGUUAAUGCACAGUCCGUGUCUUAUCUAAUCGUAAUAUCGAUACGUGGAUGUUCUC